GGUCGACGAUGAACAAAAGCCCUAGCGCCACCCCAUCUCUCUCUAAAACCCUCUAUGAAUUAUCAUUAUUAUCUAUACACACACACACACGCUUCUGCAUUGUCCCACUGCCAUGGAUUUAUGGAAAUACUACGCACUACUGUUAGAUGGACCACUACCCUCAUCCAACAGUACAAUCCAACAUCACCUACUCCAAUGGUGGACAAGAGCAAGGGGAAAAGGAUUAGAAGUCUUGAAGGUCUUCCCAUUCAUCUUUUUGAUUCUCUGACUUUAUAUUCCAUUGCCAAUUUGAUUGGUAAACCACUCAAAACUGAUGCUGCAACAGCAAGCCUGUCAAGGCCAUCUGUUGCACGUAUUUGUGUUGAGGUUGAUACCAGUAAGGAACUGCCCCAUGGUGUCUGGAUACAUCUUGGACAACUUACUUUUCAUCAACCUAUCCACUAUGAAAAUCUCCUUGAAUACUGCCCCUCUUGCAAAUCCUUUGGGCACAAAAACUGCAAAAAAGCCACAAAAUCCUCUAGAUGGGUGGUGAAGGACUCGCCAGGGACUGGGAAUACAGCUCUUGCUGUAGCCGUCCCUCUGUUGCAAACGGUGGACACCACCUUAAAACUUGUGGCAAAACAAGUUGAUGAACAGAUACUAGAACCUGGAGCUGAAACCCUUAAAAUAGAUCAUGAGGUACAAUCUGCUAGCGACACGUAUACAAAUAUGGCAAGAGUUGAAGCUUUGGCAACCACCAUUGUUAAUGGUAGGGAUGCUAAGGCUCAUGAGCCAGCUGGCAGUGCUGAAGUCAAAGCUGUGUUGGUAGAGCAUGAACAAAUCUGUGUUGGUGAGGAUGCUCAGGAGACCAUCCAAAAUCCAACUUACAUCGACCCUAAUUCCGAGAUUGAACAAAGCUGUGUGGCACACAAACUGACCCCCAAGACAGAUUUCGAAGGCACACAGUACGAAGAAGAAUUCCCUCCCUUAACUACAACAACGGAGGAUUUUCCAGCCCAAAAUUAUAAUAGUGAUGCACACACUCUUUCCCUCGAGAAAGAGAUGGAUGGCACGCUAUCCCCUUCUAUCAAAGGAGAUGAUGAAACUAUUUCUGAUCCUUCUUUUAGCACAAAUUUUUUCCCACCAGUAACUAACAAUGCAGGUAAUGACCAAACUACUAUCGGCCCUGUUCUUCAAUCUUUUGAGGUGGACGGACAGCACUACGAAAUCAGGUCCUAUGAAGAAGCGGAGACAAGUAACCUAAGGGAGGACCCUAACGACUUCCAAGAUGUCCAGAACAGACGCAGCAAAAAAGUGGGGAAGAGGGGAACUGCACCAAGGAUGAUUAAAACUAGAAGCUACGAUCCAAAUCUUGAAGUUGGAACGGUGAGCGAGAUCACUAGAUACUGGCCCAGCCGCAAAUCAACCACAAUGGAGAAAAUCGUCACCACCAAAAGUUAUUCUGGGCCCUUUUGGUAUCUUGGACCCGUCGGCCCAAUUGGGGCAGAUGGGAAAAGGCCAAAGAAAAUAAUGCCCAGAAACCUUGCCUUGGAUCAGCACCCAGCCCUCAAAAAAUCUAAACCAGUCGAGGUGCCCCCUCCCAGUGAAGGCAAAGAGAAGAGGCGCCCAUCCGCCACUCGCCGGAACGCCGCCUUUGACCUGCUGCCGCCUACGCUGCCCCAGGCACCUCCGUCGCUAGCUACCACUUCCGCUGCUCCGCCAGCCGCCAGAUUUUGGGAAAAGAGAGGUCCAAUGGAGGCAAAAAUUAAAGAAUUACUCAACGAUCUUGAAACACUCAAGAAAAAGUUAUCUGAUCCCUCUCAGCUCCAGUUGGUUGAUAAGAUGCGUUCGUGUGGUGAGAAUAUCGCAGCGUUAACAAUGCCAGGACCAUUACGACGCCCAAUAAUCAAGGAUAUGAGCACAGAGGUGGUUGAUAGCAACCCAUAUAGCAGACUUAUGGCACUCCAGAGGAUGGGCAUUGUAGAGAAUUAUGAAAGAAUACGGGAGUUUUCUGUUGCUAUAAUUGGCAUAGGUGGUGUAGGUAGUGUUGCUGCUGAGAUGCUAACGAGAUGUGGCAUUGGCCGACUGUUAUUGUAUGAUUACGACAAAGUGGAGUUAGCUAACAUGAAUAGGCUAUUUUUUCGUCCAGAGCAGGUUGGUAUGACAAAGACAGAUGCUGCUGUUCAAACCCUUGCUGAAAUAAACCCUGAUGUUGUGCUUGAGAGUUACACACUGAAUAUCACAACAGUUGAUGGUUUUGAGACAUUCAUUUCAAGUCUCCAGAAUAAAUCAUUUUGUGUAUACAAAGAAGGUAGCGGGGUGGAUCUUGUUUUAAGCUGUGUAGACAAUUACGAAGCAAGGAUGGUAGUAAAUCAGGCAUGCAAUGAGUUAAACCAGAUAUGGAUGGAAUCUGGUGUAUCUGAAAAUGCUGUCUCAGGUCACAUACAGUUAUUGAUUCCGGGUGAAACUGCUUGCUUUGCUUGUGUGCCUCCUUUGGUGGUAGCUUCCGGAAUUGAUGAACGCACACUCAAGCGUGAAGGAGUAUGUGCUGCCUCUUUGCCUACAACUAUGGGAGUCAUUGCUGGUCUCUUGGUUCAGAACACACUGAAGUACUUGUUAAAGUUUGGACAAGUGUCUCCAUAUCUGGGAUACAAUGCUCUGAAAGAUUAUUUUCCAACAAUGGCGAUGAAACCAAAUGUUCAAUGUUCAAAUCCAGCGUGUUUGGAGCGACAACGGGAAUACAUUCUUGCCAAGCCGGCCAGAGAUGCUGCUGCAAAAGCAAUGGCAGAAGAAGAGUCAAAAGUAGCAGAGGGCCCCAUUCAUGCUGAGAAUGAAUGGAACAUAAGUGUACUGGGUGACAGUGAAUUAGGGAGUGCGAACGCCCAAAGUUCAGGUCUCCUACCAGAAGGUGUUGUUCAUGAGCUACCAUCUGCAGAUGAAUUUCCAACACAUCCAGCUUCCGGCGGCCCUGCUGAUGACGACCUUGAUGAACUUAGAAAGCAACUUGACGCUCUCAAUGCCAACUAAUCUAGACUUGGGAAUGAGCUAAAUGUUUGCGGUGGUAAAAAGCCUUUUCCAUUUGCUUUCAUGGAUAUAUGCUACGCGAGUAUAGAGGAACUUGAAAGACUGGGAGGAAAUUAAUUUCCCUUUGUUAAUGACUUGCGGUUUUGCGUGGGCACAGGAGAAGGGUGGGUCUCAGAUUGAACUGAUGAACUUAAUUUAAAAUAUUCCGAAGGGCACAUUCAAAAUACACGUGUUGAUUGUUUGAAUUCCUCUCAAAUUUCCAAUUUCGGCACUUUUCAAUCAAAACUUGAAAAAAGUGAUACCAAACAACUGGGGCUUCUAGUCUUUUAAACGUCAUGUUGGUUCACAUAAACAUACACUCUAUGGUUCGUAACCUCACAGCAUUUUUAGAAUUCUUCUGAACUUUCCACUGAUCGGUGCUCGCUGUUGCUGAU